ACUCACAAUGGCUGCUAGCACUAAGCUUGUAGCUCUUGGCUUUGUUGUCCUCGUGAGCAUUGGAUUCACCGAUGCUUCGAGGAUGCUGGCUAGUUCCUCUAGUGCUGGGGGUGGAGGCGGGGGAGGCGGAGGCGGUGGCAGCUCGUCGGGUGGGGUUGGGAGUGGAUGGGGUGAAGGGUCCGGAGGAGGCGGUGGCUUGGGAUAUGGUGGUGAGAGUGGUGGAGAUUCCAAUAAGAAUUACGUUGCCAAGGGAGCAGGUGGAGGAGGAGGAAACGGUGCUGGCGGUGGUUCUCAAGGCGGGGCCGGGUCUGGUUCCGGCUCUGGUGGUGGAAACGGUGUCGGUUCGAGUGGAUCGGCAUCAGCCCCUAGUGGCAAUGGGUACGCCAAUGCUGAUGGUCAGGGUGGGGGCGGUGGUGGAGGUGCUGGUGCAGAUGGGUCAAGCGGGUCUGGAGCCGGAGAUGGUGCCGGCGAAGGAUACGGUGAGAGUGGCAUAGCAACCGCACCAGCUCCUUCUGCUGGUGGUGCCAGCUACUCUGAUGCUGGAGGUAGUGGUACUGGCGGUGGUGGCGGUGAUGGAGGAAAUGGAGGUGGUAAUGGCGCUGGAGGUGGACAGGCGGCCAGCGAUGACACUUCCGGAGGCAAUGCCAGUGGAGGGGGUAGCGGCAACGGUGGUGGCCAAGGUGGAGGUGUAGCUCAAGGUCCAAGCAUGGGAGUUGGUUCUGGUUCUGGCUUUGGGGGCGGGCAUACUGGUAGCACUGGCUCCUUUGGUCAAGGUUAUGCCACCGGAUUCGGUGGUGGAAAGGGUGGGGGCACGGGCGGCAGCUACAACGGCGGGUCUGGCAAUGGUGGAGGUAGCGGAUCCGGAGGCGGCAAAGGCGGAUACCACUAAAUUUCAAUUUCAAACAAGCAAGAAUCGGAGCCCAACACCACUUCUAGUCUCUUUGUUUCACAAUAUUCCACAUCAUUUGUGUUUCUCUUCAUUCGUAGGGUUUUUACUAGGCGCCUCCUAAUAAAGGGCUCCAUGAUUCUAGUGGAAGUACUAAAUAGUUUAGUAGAGCAAUCUACUAACAUGUAAUCGCUACCUACGAAUAUCUUAUGUUAUGAUCUCUUAUAUGUUUCUUUGUUA